GCCACCACGGGACUGCCGGCGUUGCUCCCCCCUCGGCCUUUCGAGGGAGUGUUCUCUCCGCAACAACAACAUAAUGAGAGGAAAUAAAGCAUUAGUUUCUGAUACUACUAAGCAAUGCUUGUCGAGCAAAAGCUACAGAUCUCUCCUUCAGUUCCUCUUAUUGCCGUGGAUUAACUCUCGGUAUUAAUGGGAUUAAGGAGACAACACUUACCACUUGAAUUUGAUUCAGUACAGCCAAGCAAAAGGAAUGGCGCUGCAGAAUACAUCUAUCUCUCUGUGCCAUCUGAAGAUCCGAUCCUUUUGCUGCUGCUGCUGCUGCUCUUCUUAUUUGAAUUUUCCUUUCUUUUUCUUGCUUUCUGCCAUUAUGAUGUGCAUCUGAGAGUACUGUGAUGAAAGGCCAUAAUUCAAAUGGCUGGUAGCGGUGCAAUUGCACUCAUGUCUCUUCUUCCACAUGGAUUUCAACGCCCCAAUCACCAACACAAAGACAAAGGCUGUAUCAUCUCCUUCCCUGCAGCUAACAGCAAUCAUCACUGUGUAAGGUAGCAGCAGUCACGAGAGUCCCUUCUCGUCUCCCGUUUCUCUCUCUCUCUGACAAGUUUGAACCCUUCAAGUUGUGUAAGGCUUGCAAGUUUGUGACCAUAUAUGCUAUGUUCAUCGAUGACAUUAUAGGAGUUUGCAGCAGUUGCUUUAUUGCAUGUGGCUGAGGAAUGAUCAGAGUUUCUCUUGCUUGAAAAGAGACCAAUCUGUUUCAGUGACUUCGGAUUUCUUAGCUCGUGGAUGGAUGAAUGCUUUCAUCUUUGUCAGCAAAGAAUUAAAUGUAUAGAAUUAUGUGCAUGAAUCUGAUUUCAUCUAUUGACUUGGAUUGAGAACAAGUCAAAAUUCUACACACAUCUCCCCCACCCUCUCCUUCAUUCACAUCAGUCUCUGUUUGUUCUGUUGCCCCCACUUGGCACAGAUUGACACCAACUCCCCCAUUGUCUUGCACCGGAGAAUGAGUCGGUCUUCGAUCUCCUCUCCACACAGCUCACCUUCUGAUGCACGUCCACUCGCACCCUCUCCUUCCUCUCUGUGUCCAGCCAAUUGAUGUCACUCCUUCCCACUACACUUCCUUGGUUGACCUACUUUUCUUCUUCUCCUCUCUCUCUUCUAAUUGCAACCUCAACUACCAUCCUUUUACUUUAUUGCUUUUCCUUAGAUCUGUAAGCAUGCCAUGGCCAGGCUGAUGCCACCAAAUUCUGAGAACUAUGCACAGCUGUGCUUUCUUUUUGCUCUUCUUUAGAUCUGUUGGAGUCGCAAAACCUAACUCAGAGCCCAAGUUUGAGGUCAAGUCAAUCUCAAAACAUGUGGUUGCAGCAAGUGGUGCAGUAAUGCCUGAUCGAAUCAUGCAGCUGUAAAGUCCAAGUCCUACUUCUUCUUCUUCUUCUUCUUCCACUCUCCUCCACCUUCCUUGUAUAUAACACCACCACCCAAAACCAUUCUGCAAUCUCAACUCUUCUUCUUCAUGUAUAAUUCGAUGGCUAUCGAGACGACAACUGCUUUGAUUCCACCGGCGAGCACAGAGACGAGCGACGAGGACUUGCUGCACAUGGAAGGGUGGGCGAAGCGGAAGCGGACGAAGCGCCACCGCUUCUCUGAUCGGCCACCGACCGAAGAGGAGUACUUGGCCCACUGCCUCGUUAUGCUCGCCCGUGGCGGACCCGGUCCUCGCCUGCCGUCGUUGGCCUCUUACUCGGCGCCACCGCCGGGGAAGCUCGAGUACAAGUGCUCCGUCUGCGGGAAGGCCUUCAGCUCUUACCAGGCCCUCGGCGGCCACAAGACCGGCCACCGGAAGCUCACCUGUGCCGCCGACGAGGCCACCGUCGACACCUCAGGCUCCUCCACUGCCGGCGCCGGCAGGUUGCACCAGUGCUCGGUGUGUCUGAAGACGUUCCCUUCGGGGCAGGCGCUCGGGGGGCACAAGCGGUGCCACUACGACGGAAUCCUCGGUAACAGGGGGCUGGAUCUGAACGUGCCAUCGCUGCCCGAGUUCGAGUUCGACGGUGGUGUCCGGCGCUGCCUACCGGCAACGGCGGCGGCGGCGGCCACCGCGGAGGAGGAGGAGGUGCAGAGCCCACUGGCGUUCAAGAAACCGAGACUUCUGAUCCCGGCUUAAGCGCCGACAGCUACUAAAAGUCAACUCCAUUGCGUUCAUUGUUUGUUCGAGAUGAAUACUACUCUUCUCCGUGUACAGAAUUCUUUGUAGGUUGAUGAAGUCAACGAUUCUUUCUCCAA